GUGCCUAGGAGAGGAAGCGCAGCGGCGAAGCCGAGCUAAGCUCGGCCUUCCUCGACCGACCGUAGGCGCAGUCUCUCAUCGUCAGUCUUUCUCGUUCCUAGAUUCGAGAGAGCACACGCUUUCGGAGCCUGGGCAACCUUGGAGUGUGUCCACCUUGUCGCUAGCCAUCAGCUAUCGUCCUCGGUCACCGAUCCGUACGUCCCUUUCUCGUUGUUCAUGCGACUCUCGCGGUGCUGUGUACAGUGUCACGAAGUGUUAUUUUGUGGGGUGCUGUCGGUAUCGUCGCAAGGAUAAACACAUCGCAGAGGCGAGACGGAAUUGAUUCCCUCUCUUUUUACUCCGGUAGAUUACUUUCUCUCGAUUUCCACAGAGGCGGACGGGUUCGCCGUUUACCGGAGCCGCGUCGCGCGACUCGCCGAAGAGCGCGAUAAGCAUGGUGGAUCAACAGCAGACGGAUCAGCAACAGGAAGCUGUGCCGAGCGUGGUGGAGUUGAACGUGGGCGGUGUAUUUUACACCACCGCUCUGACCACCCUCACCCGGGAGGGCGACUCUCAUCUUGCCGCUUUGUUUUCGGGCAAAACGCCGGUAGAGAAGGAUGCGAAGGGAAAGUAUUUCCUGGACCGCGACGGGGUGCUCUUCCGCUACGUCCUCGAUUUCCUGCGCAAUCAGGCGCUGGUCCUGCCGGAGGGUUUCCGUGAGAGGGAACGAUUGAAGCAGGAGGCGAAUUUCUACGGUUUGCCCGGAUUGGAGCGCGCCGUUAUGGAGAACGGUAAAUCCUCUGGAUCACUUGGCUCCUCAUCGGGUAAGAGAGCGCCCGGAUACAUUACGAUUGGUUAUCGCGGAAGCUUCGCGUUUGGCCGCGAAGGUCUGCCGGAUGUGAAGUUCCGGAAACUCUCGAGGAUCCUCGCGUGCGGUCGCGUGACUCUCUGCAGGGAUGUUUUCGGGGGGACGUUAAACGAGAGCCGCGAUCCGGAUCAUGGUACCUCGGAUCGUUACACCUCGAGAUUCUUCCUCAAGCACAGUUCCAUCGAGCAAGCGUUCGACAUGCUUCAAGAGCAAGGAUUCAAGCUGGCGGGUAGCUGCGGUUCCGGCACCGCUGGCACCAAUUCCGAGCAGCUGAAACCCGGCAUGGACACCGAGGAGAAUCGUUGGAAUCAUUACAACGAGUUCGUCUUUGUCCGCGAGUAAAUACCGUUCCUUGUUCUUCCUUGGGUCUGAGUUAGCCGAAGAGGCUCGGUUGUUCGGAGUAGCCGGUGUCUUCCCGACAGAAUCGACGAUGUAUGUAUCCAGUUCCAACCGCGAGGCUGGAAUUUCGGGAUCUUCCGUUAUCGUCGACGACCACGGCACCGAAACAAGUUGGCUUCCUGAUGAUUUUCUUUCACGGGCUGGAGUUUACACGGGCCGGUAGAAUAAAGAGUAGAUGAACUUUUUGUCGUUACAAAGGACAUCGUGUAUGUACUAUUAAAACUCGUCGAGCUGCUAGAGCGACAAUAUCACGCAUCCCUCUUUUAAACAAAAUAUUUUCUUCGACCGAUGGGGACGCGACGCCGUCUCGCCAUCGAACGGAACGAGAUGUUUCUCUCUUACGAGGUGUCUUUGUUUAAAUUAUCAGACGCGUCUCGUACGCGUAUAGCUCGACGCGGGAGUCGAACGUCGGUCGGAGUACUUCGAAAACGUAACAAAGCAAAGUUCGUUUAGCUUAAUUCCACGAGACGAAUACUAAUUGGCUGUGGUACGAAGACCAAGACACGGAAGAAACUUUGAAGACGACCAAGAGGGUAAUAUUGGAUCGUCGGAUCUUUAAAACUUUGUUUUAAUGCUUGAUGUUUUGGCGAGAGUGCACAAAGCGGAACCUGUUACCGUAACAUUUGGGAGCAAAUUAGAUCGGUAUUCGAUAAUGGCCACUUUUUCAAAUUCACGUACAGCGGGUGUCUAACCAGAAAUGUAAUUAGCUAUUUUAUUUCGAACUAUUUUACGUUGUCCCUUGUAUUACAACAGUUUUAUUCAAACUUGCUCUCUUCGAGCUUCUAGGCUUCAAUGACGACAGAGUGUAAUUUACGAAUGUACACAAUCAUGUUUAUUCAAUGUACUGUAGAUGCGUGCAAGGUCUGUUUGCUAAUAGAUUACUAAGGCAAUCUAUCAGUGUAUCGAUAAAUGUUUCACGAUGCGUUACUCGAAGCAAGAGAGAAAGCAAAAUACCAUCGAGGAUCCACCAUUCCAGAAAAUGCUCCGGAUAAAAUAAUUAAAGCUUCUAUUUGAUAGUUGCUGCGUUUCGGCGUAUCGAAUAUUUAAAUUCAUUAGAGCUAAGAUGAAAUUAAAAUGAAGUUUAUUUACCGUUCUGACGCUCGUUUCGGAGAUCUCUGGUCACUUUUAUGGGCUUCAAGGUCAGUUCAAAGUUAUUACAAAACGCGAGAAAAGAAAAUUAUGUACAUUUGUUUGACGAUAUUGGACCUAAUCGCAUUUGUAAUUGUCCUGUUUCUGGCCACCUCGAAUUACAUACCUGGUCACAAUGUUACACCGUUAUAAAUGAAAGGACUAUCGUCUGGAAAAUACGAUCUUAACUUCGACAUUGAAGAUCGGGGACUCGAGUUUACUCGAAAGAUUUUACGCAACGUUUCGACGAAGAAAACAAAACGGAGUCUUCUGAGUGGUUCUUACCGACUUUUCAAUCAUUGCGGAAGCAUGCCUGAACGGAAUCUCUAGAAAACAUUAACAAGACCAAGUAGUGCGAAUCGAUAGUUGAACGUCUUCGAAUCGAAUUUGAAAACGUGUAUGAAAGCAGGACGAAGAGAGAUUAAUUGGGUGUCCAGCGAACGUUUCUCUCCUGACGUUCAUCCUCGUCGAUCCUAUCAUCCGGGCGAGAUGGGAGAAAGGGUAGACGAAUUCAAGAUUCAGCUUCAAACAACGCUGGUCGACUGUUCGUGGUUGAGUUUGAUGUCGGACAGGAUGAAUGUGUUGUACAGGAACGGGCCUUGUAUGUACGUAUCGUGUAAACGUAAAUUGUGUGUACGUACAAGCCAGCGCGGUGUUGAACAUACGUAAAGCGAUCCGAAUGAACGCGUAUCUCGAAAGAUACUGGAACGAUUCAUUGUCAGAGUCUUAAAAACGGAAUUGGUCCGCGUGUCACGCGCGUAAAGACCCUGACAGAGCUAGGUGCGUGCAUAUAGUGAUGGGACUGGGACAUGUUGAUGCUUUUUAUACAUUCACGACUUGAAUUAAAGUAUUCCAAGAAACGUCUUCGAACGAUUUCAGAUUUAACGAGACAAGCGACUAUCGUAUCGAUACUUAUCAAUUGCGCAAAGUUUGGUACCUGUUUAAUUAGAUUAAAAACUCGUCAAAGAUAACGGAAAGCGACGGUAACAAUCGAUAGUCUGAAUUUCAAAACGUAAUUAGCAACUUCUUAAGGGAGUAUUCUAGUCUAGAUGUCAAUUUUUUAUGUUCUUUGGAAUUAAAAAAAAAAAAUUAUACCAUUAGGUUUGGCUUAGUGUACACAAUUUUUCGUGCAAAAAUAUUUAAAAUCGAUACGGUGUAACCCCUUCGGUUAUCGCGUUUCUCACGAUUCCGACCGUUUUAUUUAUUUAGAGCGAAUAAACCAGAAAUCACUUUGAUCGGUAUAAACGUGGGCAACAUCGGUUGCAAAAAUGAUGAAAGAUAUUAAAAAAUACAAUUUUGGCAACACUUUGAAGCUGGUGUAUCGACUUUUUGUUUUAUUGUUUACUUUCAAAAAUCGUAGUAAAAACAUCGGAUUUUGAAAAUUUUGGU